AUGGCAUUGGAUUGGCUGCCGUUCUAUUUCAAGUUGCUCAUCCUGAGGCGACUAACUCGGCUACUUGCUUGGCGGGAUCGGAGAAGUCCUGCUUUAUCACUCACUCCGAGCUCCCGAGCCUGCAUCCCAUCGACUCUGUCCACUUCACCUGACAGUUUCUAUAUUCCUUUCUACCACCCCUCUGGUUACAAUCAAGAUACUGCGAAGGAAGCGCAGUACCCCAUCGUCUUAGUCUUUCACGGGGGAGGCUGGUGUGUAGGACAUGCUCGCCAUGACGAACGUUUCAUUGGGACACUUAUAGCGCGCGGUGCUUUCGUUGUAGCAGUCAACUAUCGCCUCGCACCCGAAAAUCCAUAUCCUGCUCCUGUGGCAGAUUGCCUUGAUGCCAUACUCUAUAUCUGGAAAAAGUCUACAGCUAUGGGCCUCGACAAGCACCGUAUAUUCAUUACCGGCUUUAGUGUCGGUGGUUAA